AUGGUGAGGCAACCUCAACGAUCGAUAUGUGUAAUUGGUGCUGGAGCCGCAGGCCUUUGCGCCACGAAACAUUUGAGCGAUGUUGGAUUCAAGGUCACUGUGUAUGAACAACAGGAUCAGCUGGGUGGAACUUGGGUUUAUUCCGACAAAACCAAUGUUUUCUCGAGUUUGUAUGAAAAAAUGAAGUAAGUACGGCCUAGCAAACUGAUUUUUAGCUGUGAUAUCCUUGGAAACGGGGAAAAAAUCAGAAUUUUUGGGAAAAGAUGACCUACUUUCUAAUGGAUAAUAUUAGAAAGUCUCCGAAAGUGCCCAUAAAUUAUCUUAAAGACAUGCUGAGCACUCUAAAUAUUUUUCUACGUAUUUUAGCUGUCAAUGAAAACGGUGGACCAUAAUUUUUGCCAUUCCGAAAGACGUAAUGUCUUAAAGCAGGUUUCGUCGUAUAAAAUGUCACUUUUGUCGCUAACUGCUGAUUUUUUCAUUUUUUUGCAAGUAAUGCGUUUUGAAAGUCUCACGGAUCAAUUAGGUAUAAUAGACAGUUACUUGAAACCUCUAUUCGGCCUUUUAUCAGCAAAUUGUUUGAUUUAUCAUCAAAACGUCUAGUAUAAUGUUAAUUUUGCGACGUUACUGGGACAAUUUCAAGUUUCUGUGGCCUUUAAUCUAUUUUGAAUUUUAGUACGAACAUUCCCAAAGAGAUCAUGCGAUUUGAAGAUCUUCCGUUUGAUACGAAAGACGCCUCUUCUUUUGUUCCCCAUCAAGAGGUCCUAAGGUAUCUUCAGACUUACGCCAAGCCUUUCAAACACUUGAUCAAGGUGAGUGAGAGCUUCUAGAAUCAAUCUAAUCCUCUUUUGAGCCGAAUGGAACCGUUUUUUCAAAUUUGAUUGUUUUCGUGGUGAGACCCAAAAUUUUGACAAAAGCUGUUUAGUUUGGGUUUUUUGGGUCCUUUUUGAAAUUUUGAAGACAUCUUCAGACAUUUACAAUUAUAAAAUUUUUCCCAGUAAUUUUUAUGACCAUGUUUUAACUUUCAGUACAACACCACCGUAGUCAAAGUCCAGCGAAACGAGAACGCCUGGGAAGUUGUGACUCGACCCGUCGACGCGAUUGGAAGUGAAAACGAGGAGUCCCACGAAUUUGACGCCGUUUUUGUUUGCAACGGACAUUUUGCCGAACCAAAAGUUCCAGAAUGUUCGAAGAAACUGAAGAUCCCAUGGAUUCAUUGUCACAACUACAGACGGCCUCACGGCUUUGAGGGAAAGAAUGUGGUCAUCGUUGGAGGAGGGCCAUCCGGGACGGAUAUUGCUAUUCAAGUUAGUCAAUAUGCAGAUACGGUAAGCUUGGAUACCUUUUAAGGUUUUUUGGAUCAUUUUUGAGUGGUUUUGGAUAACUUUGGAUAAGUUUUGAUACUGGUUUUAGCUCAAAAAUAAUUCUUAUCAGUAUUCAAUCAUCCAAGAUUGUUUUUGUACUUUUUCGCAGCUUUUGACACAUUUGGAUACCUUUUGAGUGUUUUAGAGAUUUUUGGAUACCUUUUGAGGGUUAUUGAUACUGGUUUAGGCUCAAAAAAUAAUUUUUAUCGGUUUUCACUUAUCUCUGGCCGUUUUGGAUACUUUUUCGCAGCUUUUUAAACUUUUGGAAACCUUUUGAGACUUUGGAUCAAUUUUGAGUGUUUUUUUUGGUUAACUUUAUUUUAGUUUUGAUGCUGUUUCAUGCUAAAAAAUAAUUUUUACAGCCUUCUUUCAUCCCCGACUGUUUUUGGAUACUUUUUCACAGUUUUUGACACCUUUGGAUCACUUUUGAAAGUUUUUAGCACCUUUACAAGUUUUCAGUUUGAUUUUCAACGUAUUUUACAAUUUUUCCUUUGAAAUAUCUACAUACAUAUUAUCUAUUUCCUUCCAGGUCCAUCUCCUUUACAACCAGAAAAGUGAGUUCGGUCUCUCGUCGAACGUAAAGCCGAAUGCCCGGCUGGCUGAUGUAUCCGAAAACGGUCGAGAUCUCAUUUUGGAAAACGGCCAAACCCUCGAGAAUGUGGAUGCGGUGGUGUUCUGCACCGGAUACAGCUAUGAUCUGCCAUUCUUCGACAGCAACGACAAUAAUAACAAGCCGUUGGUUCAGGUGGGUCAAGUGUAAUAUAAUUUUUGUUAAAUUUGCCAAUAAAACUUUUAAAUCUCAAGCUAAAUAAUUUUAUUAUUGCAGGUAAAGGGCAAUGGCUCGUAUAUUUCCCCGUUAUAUCAACAUAUCGUCCAUCCAUUGUACCCAAAUUCACUCUUCUUCAUUGGGCUCUGUUGGAGUUUGAUUCCUUUCGUUUGUUUCGAUCAUCAAAUGCAUUAUUGUGUGGCAUUAAUGUUGAAUCAGGUGCCGAUUCCAUCGCAGGAGGAGAUGUGGGGAUUCGAGGAACGGAGGAUAAAGUGGGUUUGGUUUAAAUUAUACUGUAGUAGACAUCAGAUACCAAAAAUGGAAAAAAUGUGUCUCAAAGCUGGACAAUUUCUAAAAUCUGUCUUGUAGGACUCCUGUAUGACUCCACAAACUGUUUUCAAUAACAAAAAUCCAGUUUUUCACCGUGUUUUACCCAUUUUCGACAUAAAACAUGUUUCAUCGUAUAACAUGUCCCAAAAUGGUUAAGUCAUCAUUUUAUUGGCUAAAAUAGUAUAGGUACUGAUUAUUAGGUUGAAUUAGAUGCGAAAAAAUUUUUUAAGAUCAUAGUAAAUAUACUGUAACAUUAAUUACAGUACAAGGCGGGCCACUCGAAACUCCUAAUGUCUUUUCAAGUAUUUCUUCGCCAAUAAUGCACAAAUUUCUAUAAAAUUUAUAUCAAAUUAAAGCUGAUACACCUCAUUUCUUGUCCACAAAAUAUGGCCCGGCUAAGUUCACGGAAGCACCCGUACUGAUCUUUUACAUUUUCUUUCCAAUUUUGGAGCCCGAAAUCGGUGAAACUUAUUAGAAAAUUUUUGAAAUGAAAAAGACAGGGCCAUAUUUGGCGGACAAGAAAUGAGGUGUAUCAGCUUUAAGUUGAUAUAAAUUUUAUAGAAAUUGGUGCAUUAUUGGCGAAGAAAUACUUGAAAAGAGGUUGGGAGUUUCGGCUGGCCCACCCUGUACUUUUAAGUACAAAAAGAAGUAAAAAUAAAUAAUAUUUUUGAUGGAAAUGAGCCUCAAAAUCUAUAAAUUUUUAUUUUUUUUUAGAGAGCUGAAAGAGAAGGGCGAGCCAAUCAAGUUCUUCCACAGAAUGCACAACGCUCAAUGGGAUUACUUCGAAUUGCUCUCCAAACUCUCGAAUCGCCCUCACAAGAUUGCUCCGGUCGUCCGAAAACUCUACGAUCAUGUUCAUGUACAACGACAGACCUCGUUGACCACCUACAAAGCCCACCGCUACAGGAUAAUCAACGAUGAAGAGUUUGAAUUCAUCCCAGUUCAGGAAGAAGUGUUUGAUUAG